UUGAAACAGUUAGCUUCUAGUCGUUUAGAUAGACAUUGUGUUAAAACUUGCAGAUUAACAAGAGGGUUUAAUAAUGAAAUUCAUUUGUUACAAUUUGAUAAUGGACCAGAUUGCAUUGCCAGACUUCCGCGUGAUUCAACUCAUCCUGUAGCAAAAUUAGCUUGUGAAGUCGCAACUAUGAAGUAUAUCGCUCAAAAUACAAAAAUCAAAGUGCCGGAAGUAUAUGAUUGGGAUUGUACUACACAUAAUAUUAUAAAAUCUCCAUACAUCUUUAUGGAACGUUUAUCUGGUCAACAUUUAUAUCGAAUUUGGGAUGAUUUGUCGAUUGAAAAUAAAAAGUGUGUUUUAAACCAAAUAAUCAAUAUA